AUGUGGAGAUCUCGAAAUGACAAAUGCUUUGCUUCUCGUUGGUCAAGCUCUCCGCGUGCCUGUGAAUUCGACGAGGAGGAAUCUGGGAGCGACGGAGACCCCGAUGUUUCUAUCCCUAGGCUCCUGUUUAACGGAUACGUGGAGUUGGCGACAGGCCGCAUACACAAGCCGGGGCGAGCGCCAAGGUCUUCUUCCAGAGGGACGCCCUGUACCUCAACGAGACCAAAGGCGAAAAGAGGGCCGCGACUUUGUGAUUUGCUCAGGAAUUGUGUGACGGAGCCCUGUGGCUGCGUGGCACGGCCGUUCACAAACAAGAAUGGCACCUUCAAAAGAAUUACCGGGGUCGAAGUUCACCUCAUCGCCAAGAAGGUGUGGAUCGGCAAGAGAUCUUCCCCGUCAGCUGUGAGUGGACGCGGUCCUCAAACAGGACGACCUCUUGUGUCCAGUAACGGUAACCAAGAGGCAGGUCCAGCCGCCUGCGGCUUGCACGCAUCCAGAGCUGCACUCGGAGCAUGUGGCGCGCUCCGAGGUGAGGUCUCGUUCGUGGCAGGGUCCGCCGGCAUCCUGAAGAAGGCCGAUGGCUGCUGCGGAGUAUUUUUCGCUGAACAGUGCUUCCUGUAUGGCGUGUGUCUGCAGGACGUGCGCCUGGAAGAAGUCCUGCGCAAAGGAAAAAAGGUAUUCUACAAGAUGUCUGAUGAUGGCUGGAGGGUGAGGAGUGUGCUGCUUGGCAGCAGCCACUGCACCAAGACCUUAGAUUCUUAUGAUCUUUACUUCAGAGUGCAAAUGUGGUGUCAAUCAAACUGCAUUCCGCAAGACACAGCGAAUAUACUUUUAUGCUUGGCAGGAUGGCUUCCAGAUGACUUGAACCCAACCAUUGACCAGAGGGAAUACAAAGAAGUUGUGGAUGCUAGGACUUGGCCAGGACAAAAGCCCACAGACCAGAUGAUAGAAAAUAUGUGAAAAGAAGCAGUUUGACCUUCAGUGUAUGGCUUUGAUUAAUGCCACUGGACCUUUGCUGCUAGAUUUUCAUCUUAUAAUGAUAAUAAUAAGAUAAUAUGCUUAUGAUUGAAAGUCAAUACCAAGUAAAACUCUCCCAAACAUUAAUAGUGAGUGACAACUGCAUACAUGAGUUCUGUUAAUAUUUGAAAAUUGAACUUUAAUAUGUCUAUAUAAUUUGAUGCUUCGGUUCCUGUUAAAAUACAAUAUUCAUAAAUUGUAUUUUUACUUUCCAUGGUCAAGAGAUUUUCAUUUUCUGAACAUUUUCAAUUACAGUGCCAUAUUCACAAAAUUGUUUUAUAUGAAAUGUGAUUAAAAAUAUUUGACCUCUGGCUUUAAAAUGAAAACAAUGCUAGGUAAAAUAGACCCACUUCACUGAUGGCAAGCUUUCUCUGAACCUUUUGCAAUAUGGUGGACAGCCAUUUUGAGUUAUUAUUCAGCUGGCAUUUUAACUCUGCAAUUCAACAAUUCAGGGACCAGAUUCAUUAAUGAUUCUAGAAUAAAAAAUAGUGUACACUGGUCUUGGAUUGGACCACAGCACAGAUCUGUGGCAGCAUAAAGUAUAUAUUUCUCAUACAUGACUCUUGGGGCAAUAUUUCUGGCCUAUUUCUUGUUUACUUUACAUUUAAUAGGCAAAGGCUGAACAUUCUCUCU